UUUUUAGAAGAUGGAUAAUUAAAAGAAUGAAGAUGUGAUGACAACAGUAGAACGAUUCAUCUUCAACCUAAUCCGGGCUAAGAACGAUAAUCAGCGGUGUGAUGCUGCCUGCCAACUUAAGAACUACAUAGCGGGCGACCUCCAAGAGGAGGGACCUGGAGGGGAGAAGUACAGCAAGUUUGUUGACGAACUAAAUCACAAGAUUGUUACUUUGAGCAACAGUAGUGAUGUCGCGGACAAGAAAGCAGCUGUUCUUUCCAUCGUGGCCCUGAUAGAAGCAGACAGCAAGUCGUUCUCACAACCCCAGCGUUACAACAAGUCACUCUCUACAAUAAACCUCUCCUGUAAUGACGACGCCACUCUGCGCCUUAGCACGUGGGCGAUGGGUCGUCUUGCACGUGCGGAAGGGAACCUGUACGACAGAUUCAUUGAGCCAGUCAUGGACAGAGCGUUUGAGAUUCUGGAUGAGAAAGUAAAGAGCAGCCGAGAGAGUAAUGCUAGCUCCAAGAUGGCCGCCAUUCUCAUUAUAAGAGAAAUGGCUAUCAACGCCCCAACCUACUUCUUCCACAAGCUCAAUUCCUUCCGAGAGCUCAUCGUUAAAGUUUUAAAAGACCAGAAAAAGGAGAUAAGAUUUGCGGCGAUAGCAGCACUUCGUGCCUCACUGACCAUCGUGGCCCAGAGAGAAACCAACAUUCACAACGUUCACAGCCCUCACGAUGAGGAGAACGAGACUAAACGUUACUAUCGGGAACUGCUCCGUGAAGCACAAAGCAUGUUAACAAAGGAUGACGAAGUGCGUGGAGGUAUCAUGAUAAUAAUCGAGAUGUUACGGACCUCUACCAUGCGUCAGGAACUGCUGGUAUACGAGGAGAACUGUUUUGGUGGUCCAGAUAAGAUCAGUUUGUUGAAGCUGAUUGGGUUGUCUUCGCUGGAGAGGGAGACUGCGUGCUUGAUACAAGGACACGAUCCAACAGAUAGUAGUUUGCUGUAUGAUAUUCCGAAGAACGUGUUUGGUGAAGAGGGACACCAUUUUUCACAGCAAUGCAGGAAAUUGAUUAACGAAUAUGAACCGGGCGAAAACGUGAACAAUUUUAUCAAGAUCGGACAAGGAGUAGAAAAGGUGCUGCAAAAGAAUUACAAAAACUCCGAAGUUCAGUUCCUGUUAACGGAGGUGCUGCCUCGUCUUGCUGCUUUUGAUAGUUCCACAUUCCAGGAAUACUUCCUCUCUGAAACUUUUCGUUAUCUUACCACCCAGGCAAAGAAUUUCAAGCCGUCAGGUUUGGUAUCUCCUAAAGCAUUCCUGGCAAUAGGGCAGAUAGCGUACAGUAUGCAGGAUGGUAUUAUCUGUUACAUAGACAAGAUAUUCACCGUCAUCAAACCCUACAUUCCUAACCCUCUCGAGCUUGCCAAAUACAGACGUAGCAUCAACACCCAGGUAGAAGGAAACGUGUUGCAACUCAUAUCACUCCUAGCUAAAGCAACCAGGGACAAGUUCCACAUAUCAAUAUGUGACUGUAUUGAUGGAAUGCUGUGGAUGACUCUGACUAAAGCGCUCACUGAUUGUCUGGCUGUACUUCAUGCUAAUGUUCCUGCUGUUAAAAACAAGAUCCAGGAUGGUCUCCUGAACAUAUUCUCUCGUAUAAUCAUGAACCUGCCGUACAUCAAAGAAGAUAAACCGUACCCAGAGCCCAUGGACUGGUUUGCUCCUACUGAUGUCCAGAGUAAACUACUGGCUAUUAGAACAAUCGGGGAAUUCAAAUUUGAUGACAAACUCCUUAAACCGUUUAUAACCCAUCUGGCUAAAGAGUAUCUCAACGACCCAAACUUUGAGAUCCGACGAGAAACUGCUAAAACUUGUGCCAGAAAACUUGUCCCUUGCGUCAAGGCGACUAAUGCUGGUGUGAACCUGGUGGGUGCACGUGUCUACUCUCCACAUACCAUGAUGACGGACGUUCUGACUAAACUUCUGGCGGUCGUUGUAGCUGACCCUCUUGCUGAAAUCAGACUCGCUACCCUCAGAGAAUUUAACACCGACUUUCACAAACAGUUGGCUCUGUCAGAAAAUAUUCAGAUGCUAUUCCUGGCUGUUAACGACCCCUCCCACGACGUCCGGGAAGUGGUACUGGAACUUCUGGGACACUUGAGCGACGAGAACCCUGCCUACAUCCUCCCCUUCCUGAGAGAACAGCUCAGUCACAUACUCCAUCAGUUCGAACACAGUGGCAUUGCUCGUAACAAAGAGAAAGCAGCCAAACUCCUUCACAUUCUAAUAAAGAGCGCCCAACCGACUUUAGUGCGACUUUAUCUCAAGCCGAUUAUGUCAAUACUCAUGCCAAAGUUGAAGAGCCCUGAACUAUCUUCCUCGCUGUUUAGACAUAUUUUGGGCUGCAUCAGUCAACUUGCUGAGGUGGACGGAGCAACCAUGAUGACAUAUCUUGACGAGCUCUUCCCCUUCCUCAUCAAGAGGAUUUCAGACCUGAAAGAAAGAGAGCCGUCUCUAAGAGCAAUGUAUUACCUUGUCCGACAUACUGGAUACGUCGUGAAACCUUACCAAGAAUACCCAGAGUUACUCAACACACUUCUCAACAUUAUCAGCACCGAGAACUCUGCUGACGUCAGAGGUGACUGUAUGAGACUAUUGGGCCAACUGGGCGCCCUCAGUCCUUACAAAAACAACAAAGUUAAUUUAAACGAGCUAAGAAAGUUCCCAAUCACUCAGCCAGUUCCCAUGGAGGCAGUUUCAUUUAAUACUGGACUGACCAGUGAGCUGCUGAUACAGAAACAGUCAGACAAGGAUUUCAACAUGGAGAAACAAUAUUAUCCCUGCGUGGUUAUCCACGCUCUGAUGAACAUACUGCAGGACAAGUCCUUGAACGAGUACCAUUCUCAAGUCGUGCAGAUCAUUAUAACUGUCUUUCAGAGACUUGGUAGUGUUGGCACAGUUGGAUAUCUCCCAAAAGUGAUGCCAACUUUCCUCGAGAACGUCAAAACUUCAGAACCUAAAGUUGUAGAUUCCUACUUCAACAAACUCGCUGACUUGACCAAGAUUGUUGGUAUCCAUAUAAAACCAUAUGCUAAUGACAUUAUCAAGCUGAUAAUAGACUUCUGGAAUAAGGGAUCUGAUAGCGAUACACCCUUUCAAAAUACUAUAAUGAUGGUGGUAGAAAGACUGAUAAAUGCGUUGGGCGGAGAGUUCAAAACUUACAUCGCUCAACUCAUUCCACUUAUCAUGAAGGUGUUGCAUGACGACCAAUCACUCGGUCGAGAAGCUACUAAACGCCUCCUGGGGCAACUGAAAAACUUCGGGACGACGCUAGAUAACUACCUACACCUUCUUCUGCCACAAAUUGUUGCUAUAAUCGGAGAUACGAGCAACGAGAUGGAUAUCCGAAGGAGGGCUGUCAGAACUAUUAGGGACAUAUCGGAGUAUGCGGAUUACUCAGAGCAUGCCUCCCUGAUGCUGCACACUCUGGUCGCUUCUCUGGAUUCCACACAGGAUCCUGACUUCAAGGCUGACAUUAUGAACGCUAUACUCGCCAUCGCUAAACAACUCGGCUUCAGGUUCAGGAUAUUCAAGCAGUUGGUGUUGUCUGCAGUACUCGGCCACCAGCUCAUAGUGCCGGAGUUUGAGGCCUUCCUCACGCAACUCAACACUACAGAUCUAGUACUCCCCGUCGUUCCUCCUCUUGAAGUAUCUGGUCGCCAACAAGACAUGUCGAGUUCAGAGUCAACAAUCAGCAAGCUGCCAGUAGAUGUGGACCAGCUCGCUAGUGUCUGGGAGGUCAAGAACCUCUUCCCCAAGGACCUGGUGUUGUGGUUACGGCAACUCAAGAUUGAGUUCUUGAAAUACACUCCUAAUCCUGCUUUGAGGGCAUGUUUUAUGUUAGCUCACUACCAGAAUCUAGCAGAGGACCUGUUCAACGCUGUGUUUGUCUCUAUUUGGUCAGAUCAGCUUACUGAACACCAACAGGACAAGCUGGGAGAAAACCUGAAGAAGGUUUUAGAAAACCAGAGUAUUCCAGAGGUGACACUGGCGAUAUUGAACCUGCAGGAGUUUAUGGAGCACUGGGGUAAGGGCACUCUGGAUAUCAGAAAUGAGGUAUUCGCUAAAGCAGCGAAGAAGUGUAACUCGUACGCCAAAGCGCUCCACUACACAGAGAAAGACUUCCUUCAACAGGAACCUGGCACUCUGGUGGAACUGCUGAGGAUCAACAACACCUUACAACAACCUAAAGCUGCUCUGGGAGUUCUGAAGUACGCUCAGAUGAACCCCAGUAAACUGAACACUCCUGAGGAUUCCUGGUAUGAAGAGUUACAGCAGUGGGACGAGGCACUGUUACGUUACAACGAGAAACUUGAUCAGAACCUACCUGAUAAAACUUCUUACGUUCUCGGCAAACUCAGAUGCUUGGAGUCACUUAAUCGUUGGGAAGAGAUGCAAAAGACGAUCGAUAGCUUUUGGAGCGAGACCUCCACCAGUGCAAAUGUCAACGAGCGACUGUUGUCAAGACCAAGAGCCGGGAGUGAUGUGAACCAGAACUACAGAGUAGACAACCUCCUCUCACCUGAGGAUAAAGCCAGCAUGGCUAGUCUGGCUGCUACAGCAAGUUGGAGACUUUCCAACUGGGACCAUCUCACACAUUAUACUGAUAAGAUGGACAUGAAUUAUCAAAAGAACUUCUUCUCCGCUGUAAGCGCUAUUGAAAAGAAGGAUUACCUGGCCGCUCAGGACCUUAUCGACCAGUCUAGAGAAACGCUGGAUCAGGAAAUAACGGUGAUUGUAAAGGAGGGAUACCACCGACUGUACACUAAGAUUGUAGAUAUGCACAUGUUGAGUGAAAUGGAGGAGGUGGUUGCUUUUAAGAAGGGGUACUACUCUAACUGUCGGGAAUACAAGACGGAGAGUGAAAUGAUUAAGAAACGAGACGAGAGGAAGGACAGGUUGCGGGAAGUAUGGUGGCAGCGAUUACAAGGCUGUCAGCGAAACGUCAACGAUUGGUCUCGCAUCCUGGAGGUCCACAAGUUGGUCCUCUCACCCAAGGAGGACGAAAGAGCUUGGUUAAAAUUCAGCUCCAUCGCCAGGCGAGAUGGAAGACUGGAUCUCUCUAAAAAGAUUCUCCUAGAUCUUAUUGGUAAAGAUCCUAGUAAAUUCCAGGACUCAAACGAGUGGCUGGAAUCCACACAGAGUCUCUCUCCCUACGUCGUGUACCAGUAUUUGAAGUAUCAGUGGAACGAUUCUAGAGAUGAAGAUGGGAAGAUACAAGCUUAUCAGAUGUUGAAUUCCUACGUUAAACAAGGAUUAGAUAGAGUGGACAGGAGUUACUUCAGACAAGAUAUAAAGGAUGACAGAAGACUGAGAUCCAAGUACAAGCUGAAGCAAGGAAUGUGGCUUUACAGUCUGAACGAAGGGAACCAUUCUAACCCUAAUCCAGCUGAGGGGACGCUAGAAUUCUUCAGGGAAGCUAAAGAGAUGGACAAUAAGUGGUACAAGUCGUGGCACUUGUGGGCCAUGAUGAACUUCAACGCUGCACAACCUGAGAAACUGAAAUCUCUAAAGGAUGAGUUUAGAGUAGUCAACGAGCGGAUCAAAGAACUGCAAGGAGUUCCUCAUGAUCUGGACGAUGAAGACGAGGAAGAUUUGGAUGAUGAUGUAGAUGAUAUAGAUUCUGAUGACGAAGUAUCCGAGGGAGGUCAUGAUAGCUCCAUCAUAAGACUUCCCGAUCCCUCUGCUAACGGCGACUCUGGACCAGAGGAGCCCGGCUCUGUUAACGAGAUUAUCCCUCUACCUCGGGAACCAAAAAGCGAACUCGAGAACGAGGAAUUACAACGACUUCUCCUCACCAAGGACAGACUCUACAACGACAUCACGUAUAAGUACAGUCUGAUAACUGCCGCAGUCAGUGGAUUUAUUGAGUCGAUUACACUCUCUCUGGAUACAAAUCUUCUUCAAGACAUCCUAAGACUGCUGACUCUCUGGUUUACCCACGGUAGCAACAGAGACGUUAGCGACGUGUUACAGAACGGAGUUAUGAGGAUACCCAUAAAAACGUGGAUGCAGGUGAUCCCACAGUUGAUAGCUCGUAUAGACAUGCCUGAUAGGAGUGUAAGGGAUCUGAUCCACCAGGUGCUGAAUGACGUGGGACGUGAGCACCCUCAAGCUCUGAUCUACCCUCUGAGUGUGGCCAAGAGAAGCAGUGACUGUAGCCGGGGGGAUUACGCUAAGAAGCUGCUUGAUCUCAUGACAGAACAUACCCCACAAGUUGUACAGGAGGGUGUCAUGUUCUCAAAUGAGCUCAUUAGGAUCGCUAUUUCCUGGAACGAGCAGUGGCAUGAGGCUCUGGAGAAAGCAAGUAGUAAGUGGUUCCAAGAGAAGAAUGCGAAAGGAAUGUUCGAGAUUCUGAGCCCCAUGCACAAGCUUGUGAACCCCGAGUUUUCAAAUCCUGAUGCAGUGAACAAUCUCACCGACCUUGAAAAGAGUUUCAAAAAUGUCAACGGUAGUGACCUAGCAGAAGCAUACGAUUGGUGCAAACAAUACAACAAAUCCAAAGACUCAAAGGCCGAAGAAUACAUCCGACAAGCUUGGGAUUGUUACUUUAAAGUUUACAAGAGGAUUGGUCUGAGUAUCAGCUCGAUGAACACAGUCCGACUAGAGGACGCUUCUCCUAUCCUUCUACACCAGGCACGAAGCAUGGAACUUGUGGUGCCGGGAACCUAUGAUCCUGGGCAACCCAUCAUCAAGAUCCACUCUAUCAACCCCAGUGUCGGGGUAAUCAAGAGCAAGAUCCGACCUAGGAAGCUGAGCAUGAUUGGUAGUAACGGUAAAACCUACACCUUCCUUCUGAAGGGUAACGAAGAUCUGAGACAAGACGAACGAGCGAUGCAGCUCUUUGGACUUGUCAACUCACUUUUAGCUCACUCCCAGAAAACUGCACAACAAAACCUGUCCAUCCAGAGGUACAGUGUCAUUCCUCUUAGUCCACACUCAGGACUGUCCGGCUGGAGACCCCACAGUGACACCCUCCAUCUCCUUAUCAAGGAACACCGAGAGAGGAACAAAGUCACUCCAACCUUAGAGACUAAACUCUGCCAAAAGUUCUGUUUCUGUUACGAGAAACUGCCCCUGAUGAUGAAGAUAGAGGUGUUUGAGGAGGUCUUGAACAUUACAACAGGCGAGGAUCUAGCUCUGAUCCUGUACCAGCGCUCCCCGAGUGCCGAGGUGUGGUUUGAGCGGAGGAAGAAUUACAUCCUCUCUCACGCUGUUAUGAGUAUGGUGGGGUACAUCCUGGGAUUAGGAGACAGACAUCCCAGUAAUAUCAUGAUGGACAGGAAGACAGGAAACCUGAUCCACUGUGAUUUCGGAGAGUGUUUUGACGUGUCACGUGACAGGGAGAAGUACCCGGAGAAAGUUCCCUUCCGCCUUACCAGGAUGAUGCAGAAAGCUAUGGAGGUUACCGGGAUUCACGGCACAUACACCAUGACCUGUAACGAUGUUAUGGAGGUACUGAGAAAUAACGAGAACAGCAUCCUAGCCGUCCUGGAAACAUUUGUGUAUGAUCCCUUGAUCAACUGGAGGCUAGUUGAAGACUAUGAAGUAGAUGGACAUGGAAGACAAAUUCAGGAACGAAAUAACGAAACAAAGAUCAACAAGAAAGCAGUUGAGAUCCUUGAGAAAGUAAAGAAGAAGUUGACCGGAUUUGAUGACAUAACUGAGAAGUAUUUGGAUGUGGAGAACCAGGUGCAGAGUUUGAUAAAGCAGGCGACUGCUACUGAGAACCUGUGCCAACUGUACAUGGGCUGGUGUCCCUUCUGGUAACUGGAGUUGUAAAUCUUACAGCGUUGCUCAAGAAUAGCUGGACUCAGGAAUAGUUGGACCAGGAAUAGUUGGACCAGGAAAAGUUGAACUCGGGAAUAGUUGGACUGAAAUAUCAUGACACAGGAACAUGAAAACCUGAUAUAAAUUGUCGCGUCGGACAAAAUUAUUUCAUGGAUUGUUAAAUCAUGAGGUACCGGCUUCUCCCCUUGUUUGAGCCAUUUUUACAUUUAAUGGAAUGAACGAUGAACAGAUCUCGUCUGUAUAUCCAAAGUGGAUACGCUCUAAAAAGUGCCACACAAAAAAUUAAAAAAAAAAGAUUUAAAAAAAGAAGUACCACGAGAAUCCCUGGGAAAAGCAAUUUCCUGAUUUUCAAGCUCCUUCUAAUUCUCCUUGAUUAAUGGAGGCUUUUUGUAGUAUUAAUAUUGAUAAUGAUUUGUGUCGUAACUUUAAGUGAUCAUUUGUGUUGGAUCUUAGUGUGGUAAGCUGAGCGACAGAGGGACAGUCGUGUCUUUAUUAAAGUUUGAUCUUUUGAACGUGUAUGUGAUCUUAUAAUCAUUUACACUAGACCGUGUUUACCAUUUUUAAAGAGCUUAAACCUGAUAAUAUGAACAUCAUCCUUGAUUAUUUUAUGUUAUUUUAAAAUUGUUGUCCAUGAUGGUUUAAAUGAAUGACAAAUUACUACCAAAGUACGACCAAUCACACAACAAUUAGUGAGACUAGAUUAUCACGGUGUGCAUGUGACUUAUAUUAUCGGUUAAAUUUGCUUGAUUUUGUAGAGUGGUAACAUGAGUUUAAAUUAUCCUUAAUAAGGCUGCGUUCGUAUCAAUCUUGCGGGAAACGCAUUCGAAUAAACCAUAGCAAUAUGUUAUAAAUCGAUCGCGAUGGCCGUUUCUUAUAUUUAUAGUCAAAACAACUGCUUGCGUUGCAAGCCAUUAAUUCAUUAAUCAACAUGUCUCUUUAUUAUUGGUAUGUGAUGUUACAACCUUUUCGUAAUUCUAUUUAGUGCGGCUCUGAUUGUUCUUAGCAUAAGGGUAAUAAUUUUUAUUAAGUUAUUUGAAUUUUGGGAGCUUAUUUUUAUACUGUAACGUGAGCUUGUGUUGUGACUAAGACCCUAUUGUUGGCAAACAAAUUGAAAUGACCAGUUUAUGACCAUGAUAGACUUAUAGUUUUGACUCUAAGUGACCCAUGCUCUGGCGUAUGAAGAGUGUACUUUCUUAUUGUUGUGGACAUAUAAGUAUAACAGGACAUAUGCCAGCGCGUGCGUGAUGCAAUGAAAAAGAUGGCAUAAAAUAUGCGUCUUUCCAUUGCAUCGUCAACUCCAUUGUUCUAUUAGGAAGUUUAACAUGGGGUUAAUAUAUUUAACAUGUUUAACAUGGGGUUAACAUGUUCUCUAUUCCGUAUUCCAUGUGGUCCAGAGAAAAGUGUAUCGAUCCUGAGCUGGAAUUUGUCUCGUCAGUUGCGAUGAAAAGACUAGCAUUAAUGUGCUUCUUUUCAUCGCAGCGUAAUAUCUAUUGUUCUGUAACCAUGUUAAAAAUGGGUUAACAUGUUCUCUUUUCCAUAUUCAAUGGAAUCUGAAGUUAUUUGUCUCUAUCGUGAGCUGGAAUUUUACUCGUAAGUUUGGAAUGAUCUGUAUUUUUUAGCAUUAAGCUGAGUUUUACGCUUAAAACUGCGAUUGUUACCACUUACAGUACGCUAUACUGUAUGUGUUAAUCUGUUAUUCUUUUUCUGGAAUGUUGGACAUACUUUGAGGCCUGGACUUUAUGAAAAUCGGUAACUCAUAUAAUAUGAUCACCUUUUGAUCCUGAUUCAAGUUCACCCACUUACUGUUUUAAUCUACUGUUGAAGACAUAUGAUACAUAUUACAUUUUCAGACAAUUUUUAUUUUGAGUUCCAAGAAUUCCACUAAAAGUAACCAGGUACCAAAACUGAAUUAUUCAAAACAUAGCACUUAAUUUAUAAUAUUCCACCUACAAAUGACUUUCGGAACAGCCUGGAACGUACUCGAAACUUUAAUUGUAAUGUUAGGGCUGAUAAUGAAAAUAAUAUCAAGAGCCAUGGUUACCGAUUGGCCAUUUCUAAUAAAUCUGAUAAAGAAUCCCUGUAUUUUUGAUUAAUUAAUAAUGCUAGCACGGUGGGAGCGCAACAUUGCUCCUUCAUACCUAGUUGAACUUUAAUUUUAUGAAUUGUUCUACUUUUAAUUUCUUAAUUAUAUCUCAAUAAUGAUCCAUGUCCAUAUUGUCCAAGGCUCAAGUAUGUUCCCUAUUGAUUCUCUUACCGUUUGUUACAUCAAUAAUGAUUUGUAUUUUCUAAAAA